AAAAUGAUAAAACUGCGUAAAAAGAGAAAAUGACCGCAAGUUUCUACGUGUAGGUGAUUUUUGUGCGUCUACCGAGUCCUUAAAGUUUAACCGGAACGUACAGGAAGCGGGAUUUCCAUCAAAAACCCUUCCCGCGACUCCGUGUCCGUUAGAAAUGAAAGUAGGCUCCGUUUAAACACGGUAAAUAACCCGUUGACACGCACUCUCGUGCUCGUAAUAACAAUUUUAACACAGAGCAGAAUACAUCCUCUCCACGAAACACUUGAGUGUUGUUCCACUGUGAAAAUCUCACUUCAAAUUUAAACAUUUAGCGGGUUUCUGUGAACCGGGAACGUGCAUGCGCACUGGUGGCAGCAGGCAGAUGCGGAUAUAAGGAUUGGCGCCGGCGCCACAGCUGAUGUAUUCAUUCAUUCUUCACUGAGGAGCUGAGCCAUAAAUAAAUAACUACAGUCGACACCAUGUCCAGGCGCAGCAGUCGCAUCACGCUUCAUGCCAGAGACUCAAACACACCUGAGUCGCUUGUCAGAGUGCCACUGAGGAAAAGAAAAUCAGAGCCUUUGAAUAAGCAACAACCUGCUACCAAGAAACAAAGCUAUGAAAUACAGAAGUGUUGGUUGGAGGAUGGAGCGACUCCAUGCGUACUGGUUGAAACUCCCCACAAAGAGCUGGAGCCCGCAGACCCAUCCAACUUCAAACAGUACAGAUUCAAGAACCUCUUCAUCCAGGCCUCCCCCAUUCCCCGCCUCAGCUGGGCCAGUUCAGAUGAUGUGUGGAUCAAAAUGCUCAACAAGGAGCUGAAGUACGUCCAUGAUAAGAGCUACCUGCAGCGGCACCCCAGGCUGCAGCCCAAGAUGAGGGCCAUUCUGCUGGACUGGCUGUUCGAGGUGAGUGAGGUUUACAGCCUCCACCGGCAGACGGCCUACCUCGCUCAGGACUACUUUGACCGCUUCAUGCUGACCCAGAAGGAUGUCGGCAAAGACUACCUGCAGCUCAUUGGCAUCACUGCGCUCUUCAUCGCCUCCAAAAUAGAGGAAAUCUACCCUCCUAAAAUCUGCGAGUUUGCCUACGUCACAGAUGGAGCCUGCGAUAUGUGGGACAUCCAGCGCACAGAGCUUCACAUACUGAAGGCGUUGGAUUGGAACCUGCAUCCAGAGACGUCCAUCUCCUGGUUGAAGCUGUAUGCUCAGGUCGAAGCCCAGAAGGAAGCAGAGAACUUCCUGGUGCCACAGUUCUCACAAGAGACGUACAUCCAGAUCACACAGCUGCUGGACCUGUGUAUGAUGGAUAUCGGCUCAUUGGACUACAGCUACAGUGUUCUGGCUGCAGCUGCUUUCUGCCACUUCUUCACCUUUGAUGACCUCCACAAAGUCUCAGGUCUGACGUGGGACAGCGUGGAUCUCUGUGUGCGGUGGAUGACACCUUUCAUGGACACGCUGCGAUCUGAAGCCACACCUCAGCUCAAGAACUUCCCCAAAGUCAAAGACGAUGACAGACACAACAUCCAGACACACGUGGCUUAUCUGGACCUGCUGAGAAAAGCUCAGGAGCGUCAAAUCGACAGCACUGACUGUCAGAUGUCACCAGUGGCCGUGGGAUCACUCCUGACUCCACCCAGCAGCACAGAGAAAUCAGCCAAUCCCUGAGCAGGACAUGACCAGUGACUUGGACACUACCUCUCCUGAUGGCUGACCUCUGACACCUCAGCAAAACGUCCUGUAGCAUGUUUGAAUUUUGUUUUUAACACUAAGUUCAGCUGUAAUGAGAAGUGUGAGCACGGAGACUGAGGAAGUUAAGUCAACGCUUUUGUUUGUUUAACAAUUUACUGAUAAACCAUUCAGAAGUUUGGUCCGACUCAGACAUCCACUGGUGACAAGUGGAGAAGCUGCCAGGAAACCUUAGUUUUUAACAGUUUUGAAUUGAGAGGAAACAGAAUUCUGCAGCUACCAGGACUGAGAGUUUUACUGGUGCUAGUCUGUGGAAACUGCAAUGCUUUCAAAUGGUGCUUCAGUCAAAUUCUCAGGAAGACGGAGAGGGCGAAAUCCGAUUGUCUGCUUUUUAUUCCUCUGAACUGGGGGGUUUACUGUGUUUUAAAUUACCAUAUGUCUGAACUCCUUGGAAAUCUCUAGACAAGCAGGCUAAUAUUGAUGGCGUCAGACAGGACGUCUGCUCUGUAGCCACAGGAAUCA